AUGGAAAUCCAUAAGGAUUCCUUCACGGUGUAUGAUAAGACGUUGAACGUGCUAUCGGUAGAAUAUGAAUCCGGGCUGUAUGUCUGGGUUGGCGACGAUAGCAAGGCUUGCCGAGACCUACACUGCGGCUUCCCUGUCAACAGGUUAAAGGACGAAACCAGCGUCGGAAGCACGCUUAUUGGAGACUUGGAUGCCAUCUCAUCAGACUUGGCGAAGAUGUUCGUAUUCCUGAGUUGCAAUGUGGAAGAAACAGAUAACACCAUGCUAGAGGUGUUGCAAGAGGAACUGAUCAAGGUGCUAACGAGGAUGUAUCCCCAAUAUGUUAAGGUGUGA